CAAUUUCAGUUCAGUUUUUAUUUUUGCGCCAAUUUUCUGGUUUUGUUGAUGUAGUGAUAAUAUGUGUUUUUGAUACAUUCCGACAAGUCAUUUGUAAAUUACUCUACGUUAAUCCACAAACACCAUUAGACAAUGGAAGGUGUGGUGACUCCGGAUGGCGGUCGCCGGACGCGCGCCGCCCUCGCUGAGAUUCCCGCUAGGCUGGACCGUCUCCGGGUCACUCCGCUGCAGCCGCUCACCAACACCCGGGAGCAGUCGCCGUCUCUGCCCGCUGGAUAUCUAAGUCCUGCCCCGUCUCCGGAUGAGUUGUUGAUACAACAAAGAGGUCGCAAGCGCCUUCCGGUAACAUGGUCACCAGACAUUGAAACAAAAAGGAAUUCAUCGUUCCAAUCCACCAUUCGUACACCGCCUAAGAAUGCCGGCCGUCACUCGCCCCAAAAGCUCGGCGUCACGCUCCGCUCAACUCCUAGAAAGCGCCUGCUCUUAGGCGACGUCGAAAGGGUGCCUCUGACCCCAGAAAAGAUAGACUUCAGCGACCUAAGCACGCCACAGAAAUUCAAAAUCACCAGUCCCAUAAAGACACCACCAGUAAAACGAUGUAAAAUAGAGAAAACCUUGGAAUUGAGAGGUCCGAUAGAAGUCGCACUGAAAGGACUGAGUCCCACUCAGCUGAUCAACAUGAUAAAGACGAUAACCUACAAGCAUCCCGACAUAGAAGAUGAGAUCCGGAGGGAGAUGCCGGUCCCAGAUUUGGCGCCCUUGGAAGAAAAGUUGAAUUACUUAAAGUCCAACAUCUUCAAAGGACUGCCGACGUCCAGGCUGACUUCUAAGACAGACUCGCCGGCAUAUUCCCGUGUUUCUACACAUUUGGUCGCUUUCAAGAAGUGUUUGGUUGAGCAGGGAAAACUACUUGUUGAAUCCCAGCACUGGGAAUCCGUGAUCCAAUACGUAUUCCUGUCGUGGAGCUACGUCCGGGCGACCCCGGUGUGGGACCACCAGGCCCACAAUGCCCACAGGAAGCAGUGUUUCCGAGCUUUGCUCAAUUUCUGCCUCACGGCGCUGAAGAAGGGGGACCUGGAGAAAGAAUUCCUGAUAGAUGUUCAGGACAAACUACAAUCCUUUGUGUCCGACUCCGAGGAGGUCCAAACGUGCCUGAAGCAAGUGCAAGGUCUGCUCCAGGAAUAAUUCUUUUUUGUAGAAAAUUUGUGUUUUUUUUUGUAAUAGAUUUUUUCUAGCUUUUUCUUGUGUUGUUUUUAGUUAAAUUUACUCUUCUUUCCUCAAUUGUAUUUUUUGCGUAGAUUUCUGCAGUGAUUUUUGGAUUAGUGUAAAGAUAAAGAGCAAAAAAAAAACAUUUUCAUUAAUUUUAUUUCAUAUUAGUGCUUUUUAUUUCCAAGAGAAAAUUCCCAUGAUGUACAACACGAUUAAAUUUUAAUUUUAUUGAAAUUAAUCGAACAAUUUAAUCGGUGUGUAACAUUACUUGCGACCAGUGAUUUCAAUAUAAGGAACAAAAAUGUUCAAUAAAAUCAUUUAAGGCCCAAGCACACUAAGCGCUUCUCAGAAGCAGGACAGCUUCGAAGCGGGCCCGCAACAAGUUCUAAUUACAAGAUACACUUCGAACUUGUCACAUCAAAUUGACGCGGGCCCGCGCUCAAACUGAUUUCCCGCCGCGACGUGGUGUGACGAAUUUGAAAGAGUUUCUUGUAUACAGGUUGGCGCGGGCCCGCUUUUAAACUGCGCUGCUUUUGAUAAGUAUUUGGUGUGCUCGAGACUUUAUGUUUAGACGAUAUAUAAUUUAGUUUUGAUUGUCCAAGUCGCGUUCUGGUAAAUGUCGAUUACAAAAUCAGUUUUUAUUGAUGUAGUACUUUUUUGAACCUUGGCUUUUUUGGGACCGCACGUGUAAAGCUUAAUCUGCAUUAUAAUUAUGAUCUAAGUUGUAAUUCGAUCGUGUUUUGUUGUGAUUAAUUUUUCAAAAAGAUUAAUUUUGAUUGUUUGUAAAGCUGUGAACAUACCAAAAUAUUAGUCGCGUUUAAGUGGAUUUUAAUAUAAGAUCGUAAAAAAACUAAGUGCAAAUAUUUUCCGGUUGGAUUUUGUCAAGGGUAAUGAGUAACUUUUCUCUUUAAAUAUACGGAGUGGCUUUUUGAAACGCCUGCCAGAUUUUCAGAAUAUUUAGUAUGCGGAAAUUUUUAAGUAUCCAUAGAAAUUAAAGUAUUCUAAGAACUAAAAAUUCCUACUUUCAUUGGCCAGCUUAUCGUUUAAUUGCUGUGAAAAAUAAAGAAUAUUCAUUUGUAAUUUUUCGCUCAUUUUUGCUUCAAAACCUGACCAGAUUUUAUAACUUAAUUCUUUCUCAAAAUGUUUUUAUUAAAUUGCAACUUCGUAUAUUUUUUUCAAUUUUAAGGAUUUUUAACACACUAGUCGUUAGUGUUUUGUUCUUUAAUCGCCUCCUACGGCAUCCACAGGAAGAAAUAUAUGUAUAUAACCGGGGCAAAAUCCAUCCCUAAGAUAUAUUAUCUUAUUUUGUAUCUUGUUUACAUAUUAUUAAGUAAACGUAAACAUGUUUUUGUAGUAAUUUGUAAGAGACUGAGUUCUAAUGGUAUGUUUGUUCGCAAAAUGCGAAUAUAAUAUUAAGAUGUAUUAAGGUUUUUCUCUUGUAAAAGAAAAAAUAUUACUGAAUUUUUAUGAACGCUUUGCCAAAACCACAUUUGAUUUAAUGAAUUCCGAAUUCCCAUACGACUUACACAAGAACUUAAUUAUGAAAGGAUAAUAUAUUUUUAGAUAAAUUAUUAUGUGAACAUGCUAUUGUCCAGGCGUGGUAGGUAAUCUUGUUACCUCUGGUCAUAGAAUUCGGAAUGACAUAAGACUGUAGAAGUUAUAAGUACUUUAAUAGUGAUGUCGAGAAAAUAAAAAGUUUUCUUAUUUCAAAAUAUUUAUUUGACGGCGCAUAGCGCAGAAUACUGUGUGCGAUGAAGAACUACAAAUCAUUCCUAUAGCUUCAUUUAUGUGAAGGCAUUUCUAUUGUAUUAUAUUAUUCCGUUUUCUAUGCCUCUGAAUUGUUUUCUGAUUCACCUCGGUCAUAAAUAUGUGUAUUUGUUAUAUAAUAAAGUAUCGUUGAAUAAAUAUUCCCUAACACAAGUUUAGUAAUUUGGGACUAGCUUAAUCUGUGUGACAUUUCUAAUUUAUUUUUCUUAAAACUUAAUAAAUAAAAAAAGCCACGCAAUUGCUUUUGAUCAAAACCCAAGUAGGUUUUAGUUAAGAAGAAUAAAAAUUGUGCCUUAUGCAACAUUAAAAUAAGGAACCUGCGAAUGUUGUGACGAAAUAUCACUUGAUAUUGUUGAAACUAAUUUAUAGUUAAUUUAGCAAAUAAGCGUUUUUUGCCUUAAUAAAUUGUAUUUUUUAA